CAAUGUUGCCUACCAUGGAAGAUCAUUGUUUAUGUUGUUGUCGUCUGCAAAAGUUGUGCUGUGAACACAUAAUAGUAAGGUCUAAGGUUGCAAUAUCGGAGAGAGUCGGAAGUGAUAUUACAAUAUGGCAUCAUUAACACACAAAUUAAUUCUUUCGUUUGGAUUGUUAUCGUUAUUACAUGCGGCGUACUCUGCUGCACAACAUCGUUCAUACCUUCGAAUCACUGAGCAGGAGUUUGUCACCUUGCCAUUUGAUAUAAUGAUACAAGGAAUUGUGAGUCUCUUUGUGACAUUAUAUGGUGUCUUACAUAUAGCUGGAGACUUUAAGGAAAUAAGAGCCACAGUUGAUCUGGAGAAUAAAUCUUGGGAAACUCUGAGAAAUAUACCUUCAUUUUAUGUGUUUAGUCACAGAGGAAAAGCUUUGUCACCAAAUUAUGUGCCACCAAUACAAAAAUCUGCACUUGAAGAGCCACAGUCAUGAUAUUAGAAAUGGGUAUAUUUUAAAAGUGAAGGAAAAUAUGUGGUUUGCACAUUUGUCUUUCGCUAUUUCAGUAACUAAUCAUUAUCCAUUCCUUUUUCAUCUGCAGAAUAAUAUCUGACAAACUUUUUGUUAAAUAUGUUCACAAUACUAUUCAGUUAACAUUUGAUUUCAGAGUAUUUUAACAUCACGUUCAAGAAAGUUGAAUUGAGGAGCGCACAUAAAUUUGCAGUGUUGAAUAGCAUUUAUUGAGUUGCUAUAAUUAAUGUAGUAGACCUUUGAAGUUUAUACUUUAUUAGUUAUUCUCAUAUAUUGAGUUGUGUGUAGCAUAAGAUUUUGAAUCCUGGCAAUCUUGCUGCAGGUAGAGAGAAACCAACAUGCUGCAAAUAAACUUUUUGGAAGUGAAAGAAAAGAUAGUGUUGUAAAAGAUUAUUCAUUAUCUGUAUUCCUGCAUUCAUAAUAAGUAUGAAAGCAGGCAUUUUAGAAACAGCAGCAAUGGUGCAAUGAAAAUGAUUUCGUUCAGAGUUACUUAAUGCUAGGAGAGGUGUUUAGGAAUGGGAAAACACACACACACACACACACACACACACACACAC